AUGUUGACAGCCAGCCGUAAGAGCGUCCUGCUGAAUGAAGUCCUGCAUCUGGCCGUCAAGCUGCACGCGGAGCGUCUGCGCGUUCAUUCCACCAAAGCUCGUUGGGUGUACCCCAAUUCACGCAUGACGGGAAGUGCCAGUAUUUCACGGUGCCUGAAUGUCACCACACGGGGCGUGGAUGCGGACAUGGUGCUCUACGUGGCCGCCGGUCCUGGAUUACCAACUUGGGCUGUCCCGUGUGCCGUAGACGGGCAUGCUCGUCCCGUGGCCGGCGCAGUGCAGGCGUGCGUGUCCGACGUUGACGCUUUGCUCUCUGGCGUUUGCCGGGUUGCGGACGUGAUGGCGCAUGCGCUUGGGCUUGACGUGGGGGAGGUGGCGAGCCACAACAUGCUGUUGGGCGUCCCCGAUGUGCGGGGGCAGCGCCUACCCCGCAAUUGUCGUGUAUUCCUCCGCCGUGUUAAAGGCAAUGAGGAAGCACUGCAAGCGUGGGAGACUAAAGGGCAUGGAGCUGCAGAUGUGGGAUGA